UUUUUUUCUAUUACCAAUUACCCAAAUAGCUUAGUCUCAACAUGAUCUUGGACUUAUCUCAACGUUUCCAUGAGAUUCACUCCGAGACUUUUCAUUUAUCUUCAAUUCAAUGGAGUUUGUUCACAAGCUGACAAAAUAUCCAACUCAGGUAUCAGUCCAGUACCAGCCAUGGACGAGGCGGAUACGACUUGACCGAGUUGUACCGGUAUCGAUCGAGAUUCUGAACCCUGUUCAAGGAACCGACUUUCCAUGUUUUCUUCCGAGCAACAUAUGGCGAAAAGUCAUCAUUUUAUGUGACUGCCGAAAUUAUACCCCUUGUUGAGGCAUCUUGUGAUAAGAUUAUACCAUAUCCAUCCCCAUAUGAGUCCAUCCCUUCAGCCAUGAGUUGCCAAACAAGACUGCCGCUGAUCCCUCCUCCGGAGCUCUCAAAGUUGUUCAUCCUUUGGUAGACUGUGCUCAAGUACUGAUCCCUUGCACUCAAGCUAUAUCCUUGAUCUUUGCUGGAUUUCCCAAGUUCUGCCAUGACCAGUGGCUUCUUUAGUAUUCCCUUUGAAUCUACACAGUGACUCUGCAUCCACCUUUGCAUAAAGGCUGUCUGCGCGGAUUCAUUUUGUCCAACAGCCUACAAUAGCAUGAUCUUUGAUCAGAUACGUUCAACAUGAUUUUGGUAUUAAUUUAUGCUACUUAUUUGGCAUGUUAUUAACAUAUAGUCGAAAUUUUUUCGGGUUUUUAGUUAAACUAAAUAGGAGUAUUAGGGUAAUGAAUUGAAGUACCAAAUAUCAGGAUAUGCAUGUAUGGUGGUAAAAUCUCUCUUUGAUGAGAUUGUUGCCCAAACAUCCGUCAAGUCAAAAAAAAAUCUUCUCCGUCGAGUGACAGUCUAAAAUCAAUUUCUAGAACGGAAAAAAGAAUUUAUCGAAACUUACCAAUGUAAACAGAGCAACCAGAUUUUGCAGACAUGAUAUCUCUGGGAGAUGAAUCGAAACCCUGAAAGAAGAGUAAAAGUCGUGAGCCGAACCGCACAGGAUCCAGUACCCACCAGUGGAUUUUGGGAUCAGACUUUGAAUGGACCUUCUAUAUUCGUAAGGUGAUGUUGGGGCUAUUCGGGGAUGUUUUUUCUGGUUUCUUCCGAGGCUUCAGCACGACCGGCGUCUCCCUAAAUUCUGAAGCCAUCAAUCUUCUCCACCACAUUCGCCUUCUCUGCUCUCGCGGCCACCUCCAAGAAGCUCUCAAACUCUUCUACUCCAUCACCCCACCACCUCCACUCGUCCAUUCCCACCACACCUACGCCGCUCUCUUCCAGGCGUGCGCCCGCCGCAGUUCUCUCCCCGAAGGCCAAGCUCUCCACCGCCACAUGUUUUUACACAACCCCAACUCUGAUUUCAACCUCUUUCUGACCAAUCAUGUUGUCAACAUGUAUGCUAAAUGUGGGUCAUUGGAUUAUGCCCACCAAAUGUUUGAUGAAAUGCCGGAAAAGAAUAUUGUUUCCUGGACUGCUCUCGUUUCUGGGUAUGCCCAGCAUGGUCGGUCUAAUGAGUGUUUUAGGGUCUUUAGGGGCAUGUUAAUUUGGCACCAGCCAACGGAGUUUGCAUUUGCCAGCGUGAUUAGCGCUUGUGGUGGGGACGACAAUUGUGGACGGCAAGUACACGCGCUUGCAUUGAAGACUUCUUUUGAUUCUUGUGUUUAUGUCGGGAAUGCUCUUAUUAUGAUGUAUUGCAAGAGUUGUGGUGGCGCGGAUGAGGCUUGGAAUGUGUAUGAGGCCAUGGGGUUUCGCAAUUUGGUUUCUUGGAAUUCUAUGAUUGCAGGGUUUCAGGUCUGUGGAUGUGGAAAUCGCGCACUUGAGCUCUUCUCACAGAUGCACGUUGGUGGAAUUCGGUUUGAUCGUGCCACACUGGUCAGCAUUUUUUCUUGCUUGUGUGGAAUGGGUGAUGGUCUUGAAUGUUGUUUUCAAUUGCAGUGUCUUACUAUAAAAACUGGGUUUAUCUUAAAAAUUGAAGUGGCCACUGCCUUGGUCAAGGCUUAUUCUAGUCUAGGAGGAGAGGUCAGUGAUUGUUAUAGGAUCUUCUUGGAAUUGGAUGGCCGUCAAGAUGUUGUUUCUUGGACUGGGAUCAUAGCAGCGUUUGCAGAACGGGACCCAAAAAAAGCACUCGUCAUCUUUCGGCAGUUUCUUCGAGAGUGUUUGGCUCCAGAUCGUCAUAUGUUUUCCAUUGUCUUGAAAGCUUGUGCUGGUCUUGCAACUGAGCGGCAUGCAUUGACUGUCCAGUCACAUGUUCUAAAAGUUGGAUUUGAGGAUGACAUUGUGCUUGCAAAUGCCUUGAUUCAUGCCUGUGCUAGGUGUGGCUCUGUUGCAUUGUCAAAGCAAGUUUUUGACAAAAUGGGAUCCCGUGAUACAGUUUCUUGGAAUUCAAUGUUGAAGGCAUAUGCUAUGCAUGGGCAAGGUAAGGAGGCAUUGCUGCUCUUUUCACAAAUGGAUGCUCAACCUGAUGGCGCCACCUUUGUUGCCCUCCUCUCAGCUUGUAGUCAUGCUGGAAUGGCGGAAGAAGGAGCUAAAAUAUUUGAGACAAUGUCUAACAAUCAUGGUAUUGUUCCUCAACUUGAUCAUUACGCCUGCAUGGUUGAUAUUCUUGGUCGAGCUGGUCAAAUUUCUGAGGCAAAGGAGCUUAUAGACAAAAUGCCAAUGGAGCCUGAUUCAGUGGUCUGGAGUGCCUUGCUUGGAAGUUGUAGGAAACAUGGUGAAACCAAGUUAGCCAAGUUAGCUGCAGUGAAACUAAAAGAGUUGGAUCCCAACAAUUCAUUAGGAUACGUAUUGAUGUCAAACAUAUUUUGUACAGAUGGUCGUUUUAAUGAAGCAAGAUUAAUAAGAAGGGAGAUGGAAGGGAAGAUAGUGAGAAAGGAACCAGGUUUGAGUUGGAUUGAGGUUGGAAAUCAGGUACAUGAGUUUGCCUCUGGAGGCCAACAACAUCCAGAAAAAGAGGCCAUAUGUGCCAGGCUUGAAGAGCUAGUUAGGCGAUUGAAGGAUUUGGGUUACGUGCCUCAAAUAAGUUUGGCCUUGCAUGACAUAGAAGAUGAACAUAAAGAGGAGCAACUGUAUUACCACAGUGAGAAGCUGGCUUUGGCUUUCGCUUUGAUGAAUGUAGGUAGUAUAUGUUGCAGUGGGAACACUAUUAAGAUUAUGAAGAAUAUCCGAAUUUGUGUAGAUUGCCAUAACUUUAUGAAGUUGGCAUCCGAACUUGUUGACAUGGAGAUUGUUGUGAGAGAUUCAAACCGUUUUCACCAUUUUAAAGCGAAGGUGUGCUCUUGCAAUGAUUAUUGGUGACAAACCACUAUUACUGAACAUAGUGGAGAUCCUCAAGAUGAAUCUAAUCAUUGCUUUGAAAUGAUUUGCAAUUUAUAUUAACUUUCUAAGAAUUUUCUUUA